GGUCUAUAUAAAGAAACUCGCGCUUUAAAUAUCAUUUAGAGGUGCGAUUUUAUAAAAUGAAGAUCGCUUUAAGUUUUCUGUUAUUAAUUACGUUUGCAAUCAUAUGUGCUCAUCCAUUACGGGAUGAUGAGGGUCGAAUCGUUGGAGGAACUACUGCAUCUCCAGGCGAGAUCCCAUGGCAAGUUUCUUUACAAUGGCCCUCAGGAACCCAUUACUGUGGCGGCAGUAUUUUGAACACUAAUUGGGUUAUUACAGCAGCUCAUUGCGAAGAACGACCAAAUAACUGUAAAGUUGUUGCUGGAGCUCACGAUGUCGAACGCCCAAGUGGUCGAGAGCAAAUACGUAAUGUGCGUGCUUUCUAUGUUCAUCCAAAGUAUGGUGGCGGUGUAGGACCAAAUGAUAUAGCAUUAGUUAGAGUUACAAAACCAUUCAAAUUCAGUAGCACAGUUAGAGCUAUUGGCCUACCACCUCCACGAACAUACCCAACUGGACACGGACUGGCAAGUGGAUGGGGUGAUAUGAGUCGUGAUGCUAGUGGCCAAUACGCAAGAUUUUUGCAGAAAGUCUGGUUGCCAAUUCAUUCACAAGAAAAAUGUGCACAACUGUGGCGUGGAUCUUCUUUUGAUGAGACAAAUUUAUGUGCGGCCCCUCUUGAUGGAUCAACAGAUACAUGUAAUGCUGAUAGUGGUGGACCACUGGUUCAAGGAAAUACUUUAGUAGCUUUGGUUUCUUGGGGACCAUCACCUUGUGCAAGACCAAACGCUCCCGGAGUAUUUGUUUGGGUAUCUUAUUAUUUGGACUGGAUUGCUCAAACACAGCAACGUAACUAACGUUUAGAGCCCGUUAUUGUUUCAAAACACAGGAAUAAAGUUCUAUUUAUCAAAUUCAAAAACCUAAUUUGAAAAUGUAUCUAAUUCACUUUUACUUUUAUGAAAAGCAAAACACAACUAAAUUUUUUUUUGAUUUCGACCUACUUUAAAAAAUAAAUAAAAGAAAUAAAGUGAAGAAAAUAUUUUUUUUCA